CUUUCUUUCUCCGCCCAUACUCCUUCCACGUGCUAACUGUUCCCACUUUCGGUCGAUUUUCUGAAUAAAAAACUUGUUUUUUCCAUUUUCUUCGGUUCCUCUCCUCGAAAAUUUCGUUCAAUCUGAGUUCGCUCCCUCCACAGCUGAUGGAGAAUCUCACAUCCUGUUAAACUAUCAUAAAAUUUCUGUCCACCAGUCAUAUAUAAACGUAAUUUUCACAGAAUUUAAGUUAAUGGUCAUUCUUGAAGAAUUAUUACCAGCACUAUAUUAAGCACAUAUUAAUCUUGGAGAGAUGGAUAAGACGAAGCUGGCAGCUUUUGGAGAACGUUUGAAGAUUGGAGGUGAACGCCUGAAGGUUGGGGGCGCCGAAAUGGGAAGAAAGUUUAGCGGAAAAAUGAAAGAGAUUCUUCAAGGCCAGUCUCAAGAGGCAAAAAUGGUUGAGGAUGCUACAUCAGAGGGUUUGGAAGAACCAAACUGGGGUCUUAAUCUGAGGAUCUGCAAUUUGAUUAACAGUGAGGAGUUUGAUGGUUCUGAAGUGGUGAGGACAAUAAAGAAGAAGAUCUCUGGCAAGAGUCCCAUUGCUCAACGACUGAGUCUUGAACUGCUGGAGGCCUGUGCAAUGAACUGUGAGAAGGUCUUUUCAGAAGUGGCUUCUGAGAAAGUUCUAGAAGAAAUGGUAAAGAUGAUUGACAAUCCGCAGACGCAAUAUGCUAAUGAGCAGAAAGCUUUGCAAUUGAUAGAGGCAUGGGGCAAAUCAGAUGAUCUCAGUUAUCUACCUGUCUUCAAACAGACUUAUUUGGAAUGGUUUUUUCAGAACUUGAAGUCUCGGGAAAUACCUAAUGAGCAGGCAGAUGGAAGUUCUGCUCAAUUAUUUUCUUCUCUUGAGGAUGAUUUUGAAGAGCAUGAAUCUCUUCCUCGGGGUUAUCCUCUUCCCAGUUCUGGUCUGCAGACUACGGUUGUGGGCUCUGUCCCUUUGCAGGGGGUGUCAAUCUCAAAUGAAGAAAAAAAGGAAUUACUUACGAUUACUAGAAAUAGCCUUGAGAUAAUCUCUUCUCUGUUGAGCUCUGAGACAAAGGAAAAGCCUACAAAGGAUGAGCUGUUAAUAAGCAUGGUAGAAAAGUGCAAGGAAUCGCAGCCUGAUCUGCAGAGAAUUAUAGAAACAACUACUGAUGAUGAAGCAAUGCUAUUUGAAGCUUUGAAUCUGCAUGAUGAGCUCGAGCAAGUCCUUGCAAAUUACGCCAAGUUUGAGCUAACUCAUACUCCACCUAUCGAGCAGUUUCACGGCGUUUCGGAUUCUUCAGAACAACAGAAAGGUACUGCUUCUGGUGAGAAGGAAGAAGAGAGAAAGAUUGUUGAUGUAAAGGACAAUGAGGUUGUUGAUGAGAGCAGAAAGGCUGAAAAGAAAGAAUAGGGCUUCUAUUUUGGUUGCUUUAAUGAUCAUUUUCACUUGUCUAUAUGAGGUAUUUUAUGUUUACUAGAGACCAUUUUUUGUUUUUUUUUUUCCAAAUUUUCCUUUUAGUA